AUGGUGCGGUUCAAUAAGGCCAAGGCUUCCAGUGCGGCUGGUGGAAGUGCUGCUGCAGUGCCCGAGAAAAAGAAGGAGGUGAUGGGUCUAGCCGAAUUGACCAGCAUGAGGCCUCUGCCUUUGGGGACUGUGUGCAGCGUUGGUCGCGUGAUCUAUGUGUUUGGCUUCACUCCUGGUCGUUAUCCAGGCUUCAAGUUUGCGAUCUCGGGCAAGCGUGUUGAGGGCAAGGACUCAGUGGUGACCGCCCUUGUAAAGGUGAACAUCACACCGAACCCGUUGCCCAAGCUCGAUGAUGUGAUCAUGCUGAAUGACAUCGAGGUGCGCGAAGCAUGGCGUAACCCGCAGAAGAUCAUUCCGGAGAGCUUGGUGCUGUCCGAUCUGGCUCCUGUGGAGCUGAGCGUGUCCCUUCCCGCACCGAAACGAAGGCGUGAUGCUGUGCAGUCAUCCAUUCAGAUCUUGAAGGACUAUCCGGAAACCGAGGCAUAUCCGACUGCAAGUUUCGAUGUGUUGGAGCUGACAGACAUUCCGGCCAUGGAGUGCUAUGUGUGCUGUGCUUUCCGCAUCGUUGAGGUCGGACCGAUAUCAGGUGAGAACGGAAAGGCGAAACGGCAGUUGCGGGUUGGCAGCGUGGAUGCAUCGUCGUCGGCGGGUGGCUUGGCUUCGUGUGCUUGGUAUGCCUGUUCAAUAUCUUUUGGGGCCUUGGGUGAUGAUUUUGUGAAUGUGGCUGGGGGUUGCCCUUUAUGUAUGGUUUGGGGGUACCAUGGUAUAACAGACAAACCCAUAUCCAUAAAUCAGCAUUGCAUUUGCUAG